AUGGAUACUACAUUCCGUCGCCACAAACCCUCCCAUCGGGAACCCCUUGCAUCACCCGCAUCGCACAAAAGGUUACUCAAACGGCUAUUGUAUCUCUUCAAGCAAAAGUCCCCACAUGUCUCGGAGACCCCUCUAGCCUCAAAGAGAAGCUCCUCAACUCCAUCGGACAGCAGCGAUAGCUGUGGUGAUGGCGUGGUGGUUUACAGCGACACCGGCUGCCCUAGGAUUGACGAGGAUCACCAAGUGGUGACAGUAGACUCUGAACCGGCCAAUUCGAGGUUCCUGGACCGAAUUGCACAGAGGCUCAGAUUGGAGUUAGACCUGGAUAGCAAUGAUGGCCACAAAACCCAUGGAUCUGGCCAGAAGCGUCAUGCAGACAAUCCCGAUCAAGGAAGCCGUGAAGAGAAGAAACAGAAACAAGGUCAAGGAUCCCGAGAUACCGGAGGCGGAGGCGGGAAGAAAAACGGCGGGCGAAACGGUGGAAAGCAACCACCAGACGGCCACAGGUACCCUGUCCCGCCCCCGCACACUGGCCCCCAGAAGAACCCCCCUUUCGCAUGUCCCUUCCACAAGAUCGAUCGGAUCCGCUACGAAGGCUGCAGUAAAGUCCGGCUGAAACGCCUCAGCGAUGUCUCCCAACACAUUGAGCGACGCCAUGUGCUAAAGGAAGUCAAGCAGAAGACUGCCAACGCGGACAAUGACACUGAAGCUGCGGACGACGACGCUGAAGCUGCGGACGACGUGGAAUUCGUCAGCAAUGCUGGAGCUGAGGAACAAGUUACUCUCUACUGCCCAAAAUGCCGUAUGGAAUUUUUUGGCACUACCGCUGAGGCCAAUCUUGGACAGCAUUUGCCUUGUCGAGCACGCCAGCCAGCGACGAUUGAACAGACCGGGGUGCUGCUACCUGCAGAGUUUGAUCGACUUAUUGCUGCGCGUACCAAGGCGUCUGGCGACAUUCCUAAGUGGAACGCCAUGUGGAAGACGUGCUUUCCAGACAAACCUGUCCCGAAAUCACCAUACUUUGCACUUCCUGGUCAAGAGGCGGUGACUGUUCUACCAGAGGUUGAAGUUGAGACACCUGUUCCUCGCUCGCAGGCCGCAAAGAUCAUCCGCCGAGCUCUCAAUGAUUGCCCUUCCCACUUCAUUUUCACUGAAGGCGAGAUUGAUACGAUCGUUGACCAGGCCCUGAAUGGAAUUUACCCAGGCGAACCACAGACGAGCACAGAUACCCGUUUGGAGGUCCAACAGAGGCAGAUGCCCCGACGGCAACUGUCCCAGCAGCAGAUAUCACAACAGCCAUUCAAUGGUGCUGUCGCUUCCACUGUCUUUGACCCCUCUGCCGUUCCCGCCGCUCCCCAAGCCCAUCCACCAUCCCAUCAACUGUACCAAAAUCCUUCUGCCCCUGCACCCUUUGCCCCCACUCCUCAAGUCGCUCCCCAAACCGUUCCCCCACCAGGCCCUCUCAGCAACACCCAAACCCCGCAGUCUUACUAUGGUGCUCCUUUCGUUGAUCCUACGGCCCUCACUCUGCCCCCUCAGCAUAGCCCUCAGUUGUCACCUCCAGCGGCGGAUGUUGGAACAGGCCCUCCUGUAGCUUUUCGCUCAGCGCCUGGACCUGUAGCGUCAGAGACCUCGCCAGCAUCUUACAACUCUUCCCUUUAUGGCCGUGGCCUCGGUGGCACUGGGUUCUCUGUGCCCAAUCAAAACGGUGCUGACGUGUCUGGCUUCCCUUCUCUUGAAUGCAAUGGUUUCCCCACGAACAAUGGCUUGAACAAUGAUGGCUUUCGAUGGUGGAGCGACAAUGGUUAUCAAGACCCUAGUCGGAGGUAUGGUUUAUGA